UCCAUUUCGUUUCGGACUCGCUCUCCCCUACAUUCUCUCUCUAAAUACGCCCCCCACUUUCACCCCCCAUUUUCCUCUGCACCAGUUUCCCCAGUCCAGUGGAUAAACUCCAACUUCCCAUCAAAAUGGCGUUGCCCUGUAAUCUUCCUCUGCAUCAUAUCGGUAUCCACGGCUGAGCGAGAGCAUUUCUGUAACUGUGUUUUGCUUAGAUAUAUACGUACAUAGAGUAGACUUGAUUGUUACCGGCGGCGAUUAGUAAGAUGGAAAGGAAGUACGGUUUCUUCUCGGCAUUGAAGGAGGAAGUGGUCCGGGGCUUAUCUCCGUCGCGGUCACGGGCGAGGAGUCCGGGUCGGAGCCCCUCGCCGUUGUCGGGUCUGCUCCGGCGGAAGAAGGUCACCGCCAGCAAUACGGAGUCGUUGAUUGCGAGAUCGGGUAGCCUGAGGCCCGUCGGAGAGACCCUGACGCCGUUACGGGAGGGUCCGGAUCCGGACGGCGAAGAAAUCGGCGGGUCCAAGCGGGUCGGGUCGGGGCUGGGUCAGUGGGUCCGGGUGCAAUUGAGCCGGAACCCGUCGGUGGCCGUAAACGACGGCGGUCAGAGCAGCGGCGGCAGCAAGAGGUCCGAUCUGCGGCUGCUGCUGGGCGUGAUGGGCGCGCCGCUCGCCCCGGUGCACGUUAGCACCACUGACCCUUUGCCGCAUCUCAGUAUAAAGGACACCCCCAUUGAGACGUCGUCGGCGCAGUAUAUACUUCAGCAGUACACGGCGGCGUCGGGCGGGCAAAAAGUGCAGAACGCCGUGAAGAACGCGUACGCGAUGGGGAAGUUGCGGAUGGUAGCCUCCGAGUUCGAGACGCCGACCAAAGUAGUUCGAAACCGUAACACCGCGAGAGCCGCGGAAUCCGGCGGAUUCGUGCUGUGGCAAAUGUCACCGGACAUGUGGUACGUGGAGCUCGCCGUCGGCGGUAGCAAAGUCCACGCCGGCUGCAACGGGAAGUUAGUCUGGCGUCACACGCCCUGGCUCGGCGCCCACGCCGCCAAAGGCCCCGUCCGGCCAUUGCGCCGAGCUCUUCAGGGAUUGGAUCCGAGAACUACAGCCAGUAUGUUCGCUGAUUCGAUCUGCAUUGGGGAGAAGAACAUCAACGGAGAGGACUGCUUCAUCCUGAAGCUCGCGGCGGAUCCGCAGACGCUCAAAUCACGCAGCGAAGGCCCAGCCGAGAUCAUUCGCCAUGUCCUGUUCGGGUACUUCAGCCAGAAGACAGGGCUUCUGGUGUACAUGGAGGAUUCGCAUCUAACUCGAAUCCAAUCGAACGCAGGGGACGCCGUGUAUUGGGAGACCACAAUCAACUCGUUCUUGGACGAUUACCGGCCUGUUGAGGGGAUCAUGAUAGCCCACUCGGGAAGGUCGGUGGUGACGCUCUUCCGGUUCGGAGAAAUGGCGAUGAGCCAUACAAAGACGAGGAUGGAAGAAGCCUGGACCAUCGAAGAGGUCGCGUUCAACGUCCCAGGGCUGUCAGCAGAGUGUUUCAUCCCUCCAGCUGACUUGAAGUCGGGUUCCAUAAGCGAAACGUGCGAGCUCCAUCUACCCCACGACGAGGAGAGGGGCAAAUCGACAAUGCCCAACCAUCGAGCGAAAGUGGUAGCUCUGGAGAACCCGAAUCCCGGGCAGGGAAUGUGGAAGGUGGAAAUAUGACUAACAACGACGAGUUUAGGGAAAUGGGAAGAUGUUAAUAGAGAAAGAGGACGAAUCGGAUGGAUGGAUCGACGAUCGACUAACACCUAACACGGUAGGUAUCUAUCAUCUGAUUUAUCUGAUAUGAUACGAUCUUAGUAGAGCUGGAGGGGAUGCUCUUGGAUCAUCAAAUCUGUUCUUAAUUUACUUGCUUACUGGUAGCUAGCUAGUUAGCUUUGUGACUCCUCCUUUACUUGAUGAGUUGAGUUGAGUUCCUCCAUUAAAAUGGGGAUGGAGGGAUUGGAGAAGAUGAUGAAUUUCAGAAGCAUAAGGCAGCUUACUGAAACAUUCAUCCAUCAUCCACACUCUGCUUGAAUUAAUUAUAACUAUUAAACAUUUGAACAGUUUUAGUUAGUUGAUUAGGUAUCUGGGAGACUAAUGUUGUCUCUUCUUGUCUAGUCUUCUAUUCUGUUUCUGAGUGUCAGCCAUAUUAAUAUUAAUAAUAAUGAUAAUAUAUAUGUUUGUUGUUAUGUACACUGGAAGGAAAGAAGUGGGAAUUCUUCCUCCAAUUUUUAUUGGAUUUUUUAGUGAGUGAGUGAGAGUGAAUGACUCUGUUUUUUCUUUUGUUCUGCAGCUCUCUCUUCAUCAGCUUUUGCUUUUGUUUGUUGGUUGGUUGGUAGGUAGGUAGGUUUGCAUUUGAUUUUUAGUUUGUGUAGUAGCAAGUUUGUGUUUCAUGGAUAAAGAAGUGGAAUUCUUGAUGCCCAA